AUGUGGAGGCCUCUGAGUGCAGUCGUUGAUCUGGUGUAUUGGCGGAAGUUGAGGAGGACCGGUGUGGUGUUCACAGGUCUGGUGAUGAGUCUGGCCAGUCUGUUCCAGCUCAGCGCCAUCACCGUGAUCUCACACAUCUGUCUGGGUGUCAUGGCUGUCACCUUCACCCUCCGCCUCUACUACAAACUGCUGGAGCUGCUGCGCUGGAACCCCGGGGUUCACCCCUUUGAGUCGUCUCUGAACCAUGACAGCUCUCUGACAGACAGGGAGACAGUGAGGCUGGUGGAGGAGGUGGUCCUGAUGAUCGCAUUUGCCCUCACAGAAAUUAAACGGCUGAUUUUUAUUGAGAGCGUGAUCGACUCCAUUAAGUUCGUCCUGCUCCUGUAUCUGCUGACUUAUGUCGGGGUCUUUACCAGUGGUCUGACUCUGGUGAUAACUGGUGAGUUAUUUUAUUCCAAAAGGGUUUUUUGA